UGCCUGAGCGAGGCUGGUACGGUGUGUGGCUGGGUCCUCUGCACGGCUUGGAGUCUGAACCAGCAGGACAUAAAUUUCCCUUUAUGAAGGUGUUCCCUCCUCUCCUCUCAUCCCAAGGUGAGGAGUACAAUCCUUAUCACAGCAGAUGGACAGUCAGCACUGAGCUAUGGCCACCAAAGAUUAUCCAUCAUUGUGGGGCUUCGGGACAACAAAAACAUUUAAAAUUCCUGUUGAACAUUUGGAUUUCAAGUAUAUUGAAAAAUGUUCAGAUGUUAAACACUUGGAAAAAAUUCUUUGUGUGCUCAGGUCUGGUGAGGAAGGAUACUAUCCUGAACUUACAGAAUUUUGUGAAAAGCACCUUUCAGGCUUAGCUCCUGGAAGUAGAGCUUUGAGGAAAGAUAAACCUGCUGCAACAGCAUCCAGUUUUACAGCAGAAGAAUGGGAAAAAAUUGAUGGUGACAUAAAGAGUUGGGUAUCAGAAAUUAAAAAAGAAGAUGAUAAAAUUCACUUUCAUGAAACUGAAACAUUUCCAGCAGUGGAAGAUAAUUUGCCCCCAGUUCGCGGUUCAAACAGCCAUCUUCAUGUUGCCAAGGAAAAGAAUUCUAAAAGUAGACCAGCUAAAAAGAAAAUUCCGAGAGAUUAUGCAGAAUGGGAUAAAUUUGACGUGGAAAAAGAAUGUGCAAAACUUGAUGAAGAUAAAGAAAGAACUGUAAUAAACAACAAAUCACAUUUGUCUAAAAUUGAGACAAGACUAGAUACAGCAGGUCUAACUGAAAAGGAAAAGGAUUUUCUGGCUACUCGUGAAAAGGAAAAAGGAAAUGAAGCUUUUAAGUCAGGAGAUUAUGAAGAAGCUGUAAAGUAUUAUACUCGGAGCUUAUCCGUGCUUCCCACCGUAGCAGCUUACAACAAUCGCGCUCAAGCAGAGAUCAAACUGCAGAACUGGAACAGUGCUUUUCAGGACUGUGAAAAGGUCUUGGAGUUAGAACCUGGGAACUUAAAGGCUCUUCUGCGCCGUGCCACCACAUAUAAGCAUCAAAACAAGUUCCAGGAAGCUAUAGAAGACUUAAAUAAAGUACUGGCUGUUGAACCUGAUAAUGAGUUGGCCAAAAAAACCCUGUCCGAGGUUGAAAGAGAUCUGAAAAAUUCUGAACCUGCAUCUAAGACUCAAACCAAGGGGAAAAGGAUGGUUAUUCAGGAAGUAGAAAACUCAGAAGAUGAAGAUGAAAAGGACAGUGGAAUAAAACAUGAAGAUGGCAAUGGAGAUAAAAAGGCGGCGGAGCCGGCGGGAGCGGGGAGCGCCGCCGAGCCGCGCGCCAUGGGCAACAUCCAGAAGAAGCUGACGCGCAGGAGAGAGGGCGGCAAGCGGCCGGAGAGGGGCGCGCCGCGGCGGGGCCGGGCGCCAGGGGCCGGCGCGGACAAGCGGGACCGACCGCGGGCCCGGGCCCCGGCGGGCGGCGCCAACGGGCAGCCGGGCGGCGGGCGGGGCGCCGGGGAGCCCGCGGCCGGCGCGCCCCCGGGACCCGACGCGCCCCCGCCCGUGCCCUCUGCCCCGAUGGGCCCCGCCGCCCUGAAGAGCCAGGGCAACGAGCUCUUUCAGAAUGGGCAGUUCUCCGAGGCGGCGCUCAAGUACUCGGCGGCGAUCGCGCAGCUGGAGCCCGCAGGAAGUGGAAGUGCAGCCGAUCUAAGUAUCUUAUAUUCAAAUAGAGCAGCAUGUUACCUCAAAGACGGAAACUGCAGUGGCUGUAUUCAGGAUUGUAACAGGGCCCUGGAACUUCAUCCAUUCUCUAUCAAGCCUCUUCUUCGACGAGCUAUGGCCUAUGAAACUGUAGAGCAGUAUCAGAAAGCUUACGUGGAUUAUAAAACAGUGUUGCAAAUAGACUGUGGAAUCCAGAUAGCAAAUGACAGUAUUAACAGGAUAACCAAGAUUUUGAUUGCUCUGGAUGGCCCAAACUGGCGGGAGAAGCUGCCGCCCAUUCCUGCUGUGCCCGCCUCCGCACAAGUGCGGGCUUGGCGGCCUGCGAUAGAGACGCCCCCAGACCAAGUGGGAGAUUCCUGUUGCCAUCCCCAGCCAGGCAUGCCAGAUGAAAAAGUAUUUAAAACCCUUAAAGAAGAAGGAAAUCAAUGUGUAAAAGACAAAAACUAUAAAGAUGCCCUUAGUAAAUACAGUGAAUGCUUGAAGAUUAACAACAAGGAAUGUGCCAUUUACACAAACAGAGCCCUCUGUUACUUGAAGCUGGGCCAGUUUGAAGAGGCAAAGCAGGACUGUGACCAGGCCCUUCAGAUGGAUCACGGGAAUGUCAAAGCUUGCUAUAGACGAGCCCUUGCUCACAAAGGGCUCAAGAAUUAUCAGAAAAGUUUAAACGAUCUCAAUAAAGUUCUCCUACUAGACCCAAGUAUUGUUGAGGCAAAAAUGGAACUGGAAGAGAUAACCAGAAUCCUUAAUAUUAAGGAUAAUACAGCAUCAUUCAACAAAGAAAAGGAGAGAAGGAAAAUUGAGAUUCAAGAGGUGAGUGAAGGCCAUCAGGAAGAGCCUGAGGGGACCUCGAAGGAGGUCCCCAUGGACAGCCUUGCUUCUGAGAAGGGGGACACCAGCAACGGGCCACAGGAGCUCUAUGAGAAACUGCUGAUCUCCAAGCCUAACAAUGCCUACGAAUUUGGUCAGGUUAUAAACGCCAUCAGCACGAGGAAAGAUCAAGGAGCCUGCGCACACCUGCUAGCCAUCACUGAACCGAAAGAUUUGCCAGUGUUGUUGAGUAACAAACUUGAAGGGGACACAUUCCUCCUCCUCCUCCAAUCUCUGAAAAGUCAUCUUAUUGAUAAAGAUCCCUCCUUGGUGUAUCAGCAUCUUUUAUAUCUGAGCAAAGCAGAAAGGUUUAAGAUGAUGUUGACACUAAUUAGCAAAGGCCAAAAGGAACAGAUUAAGCAGCUCUUUGAUGACCUCUCAGAUGCACCAAACAAACAUUUUACUUUAGAAGAUGUACAGGCCCUCAAAAGGCACUAUGAUCUUUAAAUCAAGAUAAUGGUUAGAUUUCUUCCAUGUAUGUAUGUGUUCCGGUAAUGCCAGUGAGAUGGUAUUGUAAUAGAGUUGCAUGGAUAAAACCUGGCUUAGAAAAGAUCCCUUGGUCUGGACUAUAAAAUAUUUUACUUAUUUUUAUACACAGAACACGUAUAUUCUACAAUCUGCUUUUUAUUAGUUGUAAAUAUUUUCUUAUGUACCAGAGCUAACAUCUUUAUAUUUAAUAAUAAGUAUAUUUGGAACUUGUUAAGAUGCAUUUUAAUUUAUAUUAUACAUUUUCUCUUAAUGACUUGUUAAAAUUUUGAGUUAAAUUCUACUUCUUUGGGCUAUGAAGCAGUCCUCUUAAGUUUGAUAGAAAUGUCAUUUCUUUAUAGUUCAUUUUUAAAAGUGAAAAUCAUUAACAGUGAUUAUUACAUCAUCUUUAUUUCCUGCUAAGAUAUAUAUAAAUCCCAUUUUAUAUUACUUGUGGAUGACAGGCCUCUAAGAUGAAACACAACAUUUAAGUCUAUAAUAUGAAAUGAUUAUUAAAUGUGGUUAUUUAGCGCUAUAAGAGGAACCUAUUUUUUUCUAAUAUGGAAGUAUUGCCUACUAAUUAAGAACAGAAAUUGCCAAAAAUUCUAUUACUAGAUUUUUAAAGGCGGGUUUCCCUUAUGUGUUGUUUAUAUAAGCAAUAACAGAACCACCACUGUAUAAAAUCAACCAAGCCUGCAUUUCUAUUUGAAUUGUCACUCACACAUUUCCCCCAAACAUUUUAAAUUACUUCUCCCUCUUUUGUCCCCUCCUCCUUUAAGCAUGAUCAUAUUUAUUCCCUUAGUGCAAAAGGGAAAAUGAAGAUCUCUUUAUAUUGAGAGCUCACUUGUUACUUGGGUCAAAGUAAAGAUAUUUCUGACAAUAAAACUCUCAGGCCUCUCUCA